CGGCGGCGUUCGGAGUCUGAGGCCGGCGGGAUGCUGUCCACGACUUCUGAUCCUGCUGAUCCCGGCGAUGGCAGAUUCUGCCAGCAGGAGAUUGCUGCAGGCAGCCACCCUGAAACAGCAACAGGCACAGCAGGAGCCGCAUUUCGCACAACUGCCGGCGGCCGCCAGUUAUCAGCCGAGCCGUAAACGCGAGGAGGCUCGUACGCUCCAAAACCUGAGAAGAAGACUGCAGGCCGUGAGGGUGCUCAAGGCGAAUCGAGCUGAGCCCAUCGAGGCCACACAGCAUGGUGCCAACAACAAUCUUAGUCCUGAAGAAAUCGACAAUAGGCCUUAUCUUCUUCAAAAGAUACUAUCAAACCGUCCAGUGAGUAUGGUGCUAGACAUCUCCGAGAUUCGAACUGCCUGGCAAGACAGCGACUUCAUCACUGACUGUCUUUGCUGGCACAACGUCUACAGACAAAGACAUGCUUCUCCACCUCUAUCUAUGUCAGCAGAGCUCUGUCACUUAGCUCAAACGUGGGCAAAUCAUUUGGCGCAUACAAAUAGAUUUUACUAUAGGAAUGAUAAAGACAUUGGCCAAAAUCUCUUUUGUAGGCCAUCUAACGGUCUGGUGCAAGAUGUCUCAGGGCAAGAAGUGGCUACCUAUUGGUAUUCAGCAGUACGGCAGUAUGACUUUGGAAGGGAACCAGAUUGUUUACAUGUGAACGUAAAUGCAGGUCACUUCACUCAAAUGGUGUGGGCCUCCUCCCGGUACUGCGGAGUGGGCAAAGCCCGAUCUCGCUCGGGGAAAAUAGUAGUUGUGGCACAUUACUCCCCACCAGGCAAUCAGUCUGGUGGUCACCUCACCAACGUGCUUCCCCCUGUGGAGGAGUUACCCAGAUUGCCGCCACCACCUGCACAACCGCCCCUUAUCGUACCCGCCAGUAGUACUACGUCUGGUUCUAGUUGCAGGAGUACGACUGGUAGCACGUAAUUAAAGCAGGAUGGGUAUCGAGUUCUUAAAGUUUUAAUAUGCGGACUAUUUUUUGAUAAAAAUGAUUCACAGCCGCCAAUGGUACCACGCCCGACUCAAGUUGUAGUAGUACCAGUGGAAGCACGAAAUGUUAAAGUCAAGCAGGUUUGGAGAUAGACAAGGGUAGGGGUCAUUCAGAUUUCGUUUUUGGACUAGCUAUAUCUUCCAUAUAUUUUUUUAAAAUGAAUAUGGCUGAUAGGGAUUCUACUGGCAGCACUAAUCUUCAAGUCAUUGGAGAUGACGAUAUAAGUGGUUGGAGAUGGAGUCAUAAGAUCAGAUCAGAUUUCAUUUUGGCUUAAGUAAUUUUUGAAGUUCC